UUUCACCUCUAGGCUGUGAUGCAGCUCGUGCUUCAGACGAUCCAUUCCGUCCACACGCGCGCACAUACACACACACACAGACAGACACACGCGCGCUCAGUGUCACUCUGCAGCUCCACACACACUGCGCGCACCCUCCGCUUUCACGCGUCCGACAUCUGCAGACAUCCCGACUCACCGUAUCAAGCCAUCGAUGGAGGCAGCGCUCUUAGCGAGACAAGGGGAGCUCGUUUAGUCACAGAGAUUUCCCGGUGUUCUGUGAGAUCUCCUCACCCAUUUCAUGUUGAACAAAAUGUGGAACACAUGUCCGGUCAUUACUGAAGCCUCCGUUGAGAGCUAGGAAUCUUAAAGCAAAUCCGCAGGCGUCUUUUCUCCCGUUUGUGCACACAGCGGUUUGUAUAUGCAAACGGUGGUUUACUUCAGGAAGCCAUGGAGGGACUCGUCUAAGGAGGACCCAACAUAGUCGUCUUUUUCCAGUCAUCUUCUGGUUGAUAUUCAUCUUUACACCUCUUCCUGGCAAAAGCCGCCCAUCUCCUUGCACACAAUGGCAGAGAAGACUGGACUUGAGGUUCCAAAACCUGGAGGAAGAUCUGCGACUUCGCCUCCACCUGAGCCUAUCGAGAUCAUCCGGACCAAGGCCCGCUCCAGGAGGGUCCGUCUCAAUGUUGGAGGCCUCAACCAUGAGGUCUUAUGGCGGACCUUGGACCGGCUUCCCAGAACCAGAUUAGGCAAGCUCAGAGACUGUAACACCCACGAGUCUCUAAUUGAGGUCUGUGAUGACUACUGCCUGAAUGAGAACGAGUACUUCUUUGACAGACACCCUGGUGCGUUCACGUCCAUCUUGAAUUUUUACAGAACUGGAAAGCUGCACAUGAUGGAGGAAAUGUGCGCUCUGUCUUUUGGGCAAGAGCUUGAUUACUGGGGCAUUGAUGAAAUCUACCUGGAGUCGUGCUGCCAGGCUCGCUACCAUCAGAAGAAAGAGCAGAUGAACGAGGAGCUCAGGAGAGAGGCAGAGACUUUGAGGGAGAGGGAAGGAGAGGGGGAAUUUGAUAACACCUGCUGCCCAGACAAGAGGAAGAAACUUUGGGAUCUUUUGGAGAAGCCAAGUUCCUCAGUUGCUGCUAAGAUAUUGGCCAUCAUAUCCAUUCUGUUCAUCGUUCUUUCAACUAUUGCACUUUCCCUGAAUACCUUGCCUGAACUCCAAGUGACAGAUGAAUUUGGCCAGGCCAAUGACAAUCCUCAACUUGCUCACGUUGAAGCUGUGUGUAUUGCAUGGUUUACAAUGGAGUAUCUCCUGCGCUUCCUGUCAUCUCCAAACAAGUGGAAAUUCUUCAAAGGGCCACUAAAUGUCAUUGACUUAUUAGCUAUAUUACCCUACUACGUCACUAUUUUUCUGACCGAGUCAAACAAAAGCGUGCUGCAGUUCCAGAACGUGAGGAGGGUGGUGCAGAUAUUCCGUAUCAUGAGAAUAUUGAGGAUUCUGAAGUUGGCAAGACAUUCAACAGGACUGCAGUCUCUUGGAUUUACCCUCAGGCGCAGCUACAAUGAGCUCGGCUUACUCAUAUUGUUCUUAGCCAUGGGUAUCAUGAUAUUCUCAAGUUUGGUCUUCUUUGCAGAGAAGGAUGAGGAUGCAACCAAAUUUACCAGCAUCCCAGCUUCAUUUUGGUGGGCUACAAUCACCAUGACCACAGUGGGCUAUGGAGAUAUUUACCCACAGACUCUGCUUGGCAAAAUAGUCGGAGGACUUUGCUGCAUUGCUGGUGUGUUGGUCAUUGCCUUACCCAUCCCUAUUAUUGUGAAUAACUUCUCCGAGUUCUACAAGGAGCAGAAACGACAGGAGAAAGCCAUCAAGAGAAGAGAGGCCUUAGAACGAGCCAAGAGAAACGGCAGCAUUGUUUCAAUGAACCUGAAAGAUGCCUUCGCACGAAGUAUGGAGCUAAUGGACGUCACCGUGGACAAUGAUGAUAAACGGCCAAUGGACAACCACCUUUCUCCAAGCCGGUGGGGUGUUCCACAGCGCACAUCCUCAGAUACCAGCCUCAGAUCCUUUGACAAGAAGUUUCCCGACAGCGGCCCAAACGGCUCACGGGAAUACGUGAGAACGCCAAGUCCACAGCAUCUGAACGCUCAGAAACUGGAGGAAAUGUAUAACCAGAUGACAAAGACACAGUCCUUCUCGGAUCUCAACACAAUCAACAGCACACAACCUGCAGCUGAGUCAAACCAUGAGGUAGAGUUGGAGAUGAAGGAAGUCCCAACAGCCACCGAACGGCAACCCAAGGAAAGAGCAAUCACAGAUGUCAGGAGCAUAUCGAGCAUUGACAGCUUUGCGAGCUGCACUGCUGAAUUUGGACAGGGUGAGAAGGCAUCCACCCCUUCUUAUACAGCAGAGCAGAUUCAGCAAAAGCAAUCGAUAGUACCUCUGAAACUUCACCUCGGCCAGCUAACACCCUCUGACAUGAGUCCGGAGGAGAACUCUGAGACUCUCAACCAAGACAUCGACAAGCCACCGGAUGGUGAGAACUUCAACGAGGUCAUAGAGAACAUCAGAAGCUCCAUUCGAGGCACAAAUCCAAUGAAGACAAAGGGCCUCAAAGUCAACUUCAUCGAAACGCCAGAGGAUGCUCCUCUGACACCACCCAACACAUCUUCUCCACAGGAUAUCAACAACAGUCUUCUGGAAGAUGACUCCCCGGAGGGAGAGUGCUCUCCUCUUUGUUCAGAUUCAGAAAUGCUGGGUAGUAUCCCAGUGAAAGGCUUGGUUCUUUCUCCGAAGAUGCUAGCCGGUGGAUACCAUCCUGGGGAGACGGCACUGCUUCUGGGGAACCUGGAGGAACAGGAUUACCAUGAGGAACAGAACCAAACGGAAGUUGCUUCCGCAGCCAUCUCUUCGCCCAAACUAGCAGCACAGAACUGCACUCAAGUGGUAGUCGGUGGUAAUGGGGACGAAAAGCCAGACUCUAACCAAAGUGAACACAAGGUAGAGAACCACAUGUUUACGCCGGAGAUCCAUCUAAUGCCAGGGGAUGGCAAUCACUCACCAUCUUGCGAAACCGGUAUGUGACUGUGGCUUGACAUUCGGAAAGAGUGGAGUGCACUGGUGGAGAAAGGGGAACGCAGAUGUGGUCUGAAAGAUAUUUUUGCAUGGCAUGAAAAGUCCCUUGUAAUUGUGUCAUUGUCAAUAACGCAAAAGAGACUGCAGUUACUUGCAGACGAGACCUGGAGGAUGCGGGUGCAAACGAGAGGCUUGUUUAGAAUGUAUUUACCCAACAAUGAGGACAUUGUUGACCUACCUGUACAUUUUACCUUUUCACUUGUUUAUUAUUUUAUAGAGACAGUCCGAACCAUAGGGGGACAGAUCUACAAGAGCAUGCAUAUUAACAAAGCUGUUUUACGGUGCUUAGUUUGCUGAGAGCACUCCACGGUAAAUAUAGAGACUACAGCAAUGACAAUGCACAUAGCCACAGAGGGCAUAGUAGAUGUCAAAAGGGUUUUUGUUAGCCUUUUUUUCCGUUUUAAAGAGGGAAUUUUCAUCAAAGACUGUGAAAAGUGAGCUGCAAAGUAGCGACGUAUUGAAACAUAUCAUGACUUUCUGUAGAAAUGCAAUGUGUAUCUAAUGCAGAUGUGUUUGUGUUUUAGGAAUGGUCUAUAAUGUCACAUAUUUAUUUUGGGGUUUUAUUUUGUUUUAUUUAUUUAUUUUCAUUUUUUUUAUUAUUAUUUUUGGUUUGGUAUUCAAAUAAGCAGCAUCAAAAUCUUGAUUUAAUGACCAGAUGAAUUUCACCACUUUUUUCUUGAUAUCAGAGUUGCAUAUACACCUGUAGUUGCCAAAUGAGAAUAGCAAUCAGAUAAUAUACAGUAGCUGUAAAUGCAAAUUAUAUAAUGACUAUUAUGUAUCACCAUAGCGAGCGAUACCUGGAUAAAGUUAGAUGUCAACUUUCCAAAAAAAGUUUUAGGUUUAAACAUAUAUCAUACAAACACAUGGGGACAGCAGGUAUGCAUGUCUUAACUUAUCUUUACAAACUCAAAUUUUCCAUAGCACAGCAAACAGUCAGUUUAAGAAAACCUAGUCUACAUAGUGGUAUUAGAGUAAUUUAACAAUCAAAUUAGUGGUUCUGGUCAUUAAAACCUACAGAUGUUCUUCACAUAUUUCUCUGUUAAAACUCAAAAGCCCAGUCCUCUUAGUAAUGCUAUAUUUACUUGUCAAAAGGACCAAAACCACAAACUAUGUUUUCAUUUACACACACAAACAUCAAACUUAAUCAUUUUCUUCAAUGCCACUACAGUUUUAAUUUUUCACAUGAGUUGUUUCAUUAUUAUUCAUAUUUCACCAUAUCUGUAUCAUUCAGAUGCCUGACCUUUGAGUAAUUUCAUAACAAAAACUCACAUUUGUCUGGUUUUACAGAGUAUUCAAGAAUAUUUUGUUCUCUUUUGAGUUAUGUAUUAUCAUCUGGCCGACAUGUUUUUCCUGUCACCUGAGAGGAUAUCCAUUUUAUGUUGCCUUUAUUCCAAGAUUGCUGGAAAUAUAUGUAUAUUACUUGCUUUGGCAUGGCAGUUGGCUGAUUGUUCAAAAUGUACAUUGUGUUUGGAGAAAUCACACAAUCUGAAUGGGCCGAACGAGGAUUGUGAAAAAGACGAGGAGGAGGAGGAACUCAAGACUUCAGCUGGCUUUGGCGGUUACGCUAUGGUGGAAAGUGCAAUACAGCAUACUGCAAUCUAUGCAGGCCAAGAAUUGUGGCACUUUAUUUACAGUCUAAUGGAUUUGUAAGUGUACAGGCAGAGACUUCAAUUGUAUUUUUCAGAUGAUAUAUCUUUAAUAUUUGAAAUAUCAGUGUUACCACUCAAAAAAAAAAAAAAAGAUUUGACGUUUUACAAAAAUACUUCUUGGCUGUCAGAAUCACUCCACUUCAAAUAAGAUUCUUCUGACAAAUUAGACCAGGAGGGUCUUUUAUAAAUGUCUACAAACAGGUUCAUUUGAAAUAUGAAAAACAAACUCUUGAUAUGAUUUAAUGGGCUCAAAAAAAGUAUUUUUGUUUUAUUAAUUAAUGCUGACAGUGGUUCUAUUUUUUCUAAACCAAAAUUCUGCAUGACCACAGUUUCCUGCCGUAUGGUGGUUGAAAUUAUGCGUGCCUGUUCAUAAACAUUUAUGAGAAGGCUACAAAUCAGUUGGCUUUGUUCAUAUAGCACUGUACAGAAAAUUAUACUUUUUAUAGGGGGAAAAAAUCAGGUCUUUAAGUAAUAGAUAUGCGUAAUAUUAAGUUCUCAGGUUUUCUACGACACUACUCUUCUGAUAUGGUGGAUGUCUAUGUUUUUUUCAUUUAAAGAACGCAUCAUCUUGUUUCUUUUGUUGUCGUUUUGUGUUUUUAAAGAACGUCGUCACAUGCCUGUUUCUGUUUUGACAGACUGUUGAAUAAUGGCCCAUCUCUUGCAUUCCCACAGGAUGGUCAGCUUCCCUGCUGUGCGUUAUAUGCCUCAUAUACAGUGGCACCAAAAAUAUUUGGACAAAAUGUAUGAUAUUUUUUACAAAAUAUCAAAUUAAGUUGGAUUUAUAGAUACAUAGCACAAGCACACUUUUAAAGCAAAACUAAGAGACCGGAGUUUUUGGACACUUUUUGGUUGUCAGAUGUUAAUGUACAGUAUAAACUGGUAGGAAAAGGCAUUCAAAAAUGACUCAAUUACUUUGAAAAAUAAAGAAACGUACAGUUAGUUUUGAAAAAGAAAAAUCUUAGUGUGAUAUUUUGUAUGAAAUUUAAGUGUCCAAAUAUUAUAUGGCGAUGCUGUAUAUAAAUAUUGAGGGUUAACACAUCGAUGAAUGAAGUUUUGUAACAAAUUUUGUGCCCACCUGUAGGCACCUCUGUUAUGGUAAAUGAAUGGACUUUGUUUUUAGAGUGAAAUAUUUUUUCAGCAUGUUAAAGCAGCUACAAUUUCCUCAGUACCACAUACACAGCAACAACUGUUUAAAAGGAACACUUCACCAAAAAAAUGAAAAUUCUGUCAUCAUCUACUUCUUUCUUCUGUGGAACAUAGUUGAUAUUUCGUCCAUACAAUGAAAGUCAAUAGGGUUCAGUGUUGUUUUGGGCUGCACUGCCUAUAAUUAUAAGGACAAAAACGGUCUUCAAAAUAUCUAAACAUAAAAAUAAAGCAUGAGCAUGAGUAAAUAAUGACAGACUUUUCAUUUUUUAGUGAACUGUCCCUUUAAGUGACGCCAACACAAGCAAAACAAAAUGCUCAUAUGAUAUAGUGAAAUGUCUCAUGUAUUAUAAGUUCUUGCGUAUGCUCAAAAAUACAAUUUCAGAGCCCUGAUCAUUUGAACAGCUCAUAAGAUAAAAGUUAUUUAUAACUGGUUUCCCAGUAUUUUUAUCUGGCAGAUUCUCAUGCGCAUUGUGGCAUUUCAAAAUUACAGUUUCAACUAUUGCACAAAUUAAAGAUUCACACCAUUUAGCACCUGCUGAAUAAAGGCAAAUGAGUGGGGCUCAAAGUCAGUACUGUUAAACUCUUCUUCUUUUUUUCAUAACUCACUCCAAGCAAUCAACUGCUUUUUUUUUUUUUUAUAUCUGUAGCAUGUCAUCAUAUGACUAUAGAAGCAUCUCCCAUUAGCCUUUAUGGGAGCAGUAGAUGCAAAGGGAUUUCGGACUGUGACUUUGCUCAUGUGUAAAUGGUAAAAUGAACUCUAACAGCUGAUGGACUGUGAACAAGCAUGUUUCUCAUCACAUGAUCAUUUGUGAUAUAUAUCGUCAUGGCAAGCGUGUGGUUUUAUUUUUUUUUUGUUUGAAAGCGAGGUUAAAUAUGAAUGAGUCAUCCCAUGUGUCAUAGCCUGUUUUCCCAUGCAUCCUUGCUACAUUGUAUUUCUUCCUCUCAUGUCUUCUGCCUCUUUUCUGUUUUUGUUUGUUUAAAUGAUGUUAUCUUGUAUCUCAAUGUCCGUAGACACCUUUAAGCUGCAGACUGUUUCUGCACAUAUCAGCAUCUUUGAAUGCAUGUAGUAAUCUGUACAAUUAUGUGAUCACAGAACACUUUGUCAUGGUACAUGUAUGUCAACAUUUCUGUAAAAUAAACUGCAUUGUCUAUGUUAAGUCUACUAGCAUAUGCAGGAUAACAAAUAAAUGUGUAAAUAACUCACUUGUGUUCUGCAACUUCCAUCUCCUGUCUUUAUUCAAGCCUUUU